GGUGAGCAGCUGUGCACGGUACGCAAAUCACACUUCCUGCUCAGUCGAAUAGUGCCGCUGACUCGUAGAUGGAGAGUGGUCGCGUUGGGAAGUGGCUGACCGCGUUGUGCUACGAGAACUUUCCGGGACGUUUCCGUGCUUCAUUCAGUAUAACAAAACCUUCGCUACGAACAGCUUCACGGAAGCAUGACAUCAUGCACAUCAGUGACACCCAGGCUUUGUCAGAAGUCGCGUGUGACGGACAAAUGUUAUGUUUUCUCCUCGCCGGUAGCGUGUGACACUCUAAAUUCGAGAUCCAGUGCAGUGCGACGAAAAAAACAUUCAGCACGAGAAUGUUGAGUGCUGUAAUUGUUACUUGGGUGAGCUUGGCCCUUGUAGCCGUCGUCGCUGCCCUGUUUUACGCUUACCUCUGGUCGGUGAACAACUACUGGAAGAGACUCGGAGUGCCGGGCACGCGCCCCGAGCUGUUCUUCGGAGACACCCGUCGUGUUCUCUUCGCCACGGAGUCGUUCUCUGCUAUGCUGCAGACGCUGUACCACCAGCUGGACGGAAAGCCUUUUGGGGGAUUUUACAUGAUGAUGACGCCGUGUAUUAUCUUAAGAGAUGUCAGCCUCAUCAACCGGAUUCUCGUUACUGAUUUCUCGCAUUUCAGCGACAGACUAGGGAAUCCAUGGACGAAGACAGCCACUUUGGGAGAGCAUAUGCUCAUCCUGACCGGCGUCUUGUGGGAGGAGAUGCGUCUGCGAACCAACCUGGUGUUCACCGUGGAGCACAUGAAGCGAGACUUCUUCCUGGUGAAGGAGUGUUGCACACGGCUGCAGGACUCGGUGAAAGCUCGCAUCAACGGGCAGCCCAGUCGCGACUUGGAGCUCAAGGACCUGCUGUCGACGUUCACAACUGACGUCAUCGGAAUGUGUGCGUUUGGUAUCGAGUGUGGAGCUAUCGACGACCCAAAUUCACAGUUUCGACGUUUUGCCGAUAUGAUUUUCGAUAAAACCAGGAAGGGGUCGUUCCGCGGUAUGAUCUUACUCAUGCUGCCACAAGUAUCCAUGCUCCUCGGUACCAACUUCUUCUAUCCUCAUGUGAUGAAAUUCUUCAACAGAGUUUUCACCGAGACCAUCCACUACAGAAAGGGGAAAGGAAUUAUCAGAGACGAUUUGAUGCACAUGCUGAUGGAAUUGAAAGAGAAAGGACUCAAGUCAGGAAAAAAUGGAGAAAGUAUAGAAAUCACCGACAGCUUCUUGGCAGCGCAGGUGCUGAUUGCGUUCGCACUUGCCUUCGACAUGAUGUCAUGGGCUAUGUGCUUCUGCUUGCACGAGCUAUCCCUCAAACCAGACCUGCAGACACGAGCCCGCAUGGAGAUUGACGCUGCCCUGCGGAGGCACUGCGGAGAGAUUAGCUACGAAGCUCUGCAAGAGAUGGCCUACCUGGACAUGGUGGUGGCAGAAUCGCUGCGGAUGUACCCGCCGAUGGGGCAGCUCCUGCGGCAGUGUACCAAGCCGUACCGCGUACCCGGCAGCGACGUGGUGCUCGAGGAGGGCACCCUGGUGUUCGUGCCGGUGCUGGCGCUCCACAGGGACCACCGACUCUUCCCGGAGCCGCUGCGCUUCAACCCGGACCGCUUCGCCGGUGGCAAGCUCCAAGGGUCCCCACUGGCCACCACGUACCUGCCUUUCGGCGCAGGACCGCGCAACUGCCCGGGCGACACGCUGGCGCUGGUGCAGAUGAAGGCCGGCCUGGCGGCGCUGCUGUCGCGCUACGAGCUGCGCCAGUGUCCGCGCUCCUCGGGCAGCCCGGCCGCUCUGGAGCAGCACGGCUUCUUCUGCACGCCAGCUGGCGGGCUGUGGAUCCGCGUCUCGCCGAGGCCCUGGCUACCUGUCCUCUAGGAGGAACGAGCGUUCAUCAACACCUGGGACAUUUGUGGAGCAAACCAAUUUUUUCCUUACACCCAUGGCAAGGCUGAGCAUCUAUGAUAUACGUAAACCGAAGUUACGUAUUCCCUAAACACAGAAAUGUGCCAGCCAAUGAAAGAGCGUCCCCUUGAGAUUCUUCCUCAACACAUCUGCUAGCGGACUGUGGACCAGCGCUGUGUCCAUCGCCUUCUAAUCUUUCCUAUAGAACCAGACGUGCACUUAUAGGACAAGAGGCCGCUCUCCGAACGCCAAUGAACAGAUGACGCGCCUCAAAAUAAAUGACUUAUUUAGAGCGGCCGUGCCAAGGAUAACAUCUAUGGCAUACGCAGACCAAGGUUACGUUUCCCUAAAGUAAAAAAAAUGAUAGCCAUUGGCAAGUCUUUCAGCUCAGCUGAUAGCGGGUUGUCGAUAAUUGCUAUGUUCAGACCCUUCUGACCUCUCCUCUAGAAUCAGAUGUGCACCUCCAGACCAAGUGGCUAGUCUCUGGAGGAGACACCCCUAGAGCAAGUGGCUUCUCUGGCAAUCCUUGUUAACGCAGAGCACGUGUGGCAUACGUAGACCGAGGCUACGUGUUACCUAAAGACAGAAAAGUGACAGUCAAUGGAACAGCAUACCCUACAGGAAGUCUCUGCCUCAGCGCAGCUGAUAGGAACUUGAUUGUGGCAACACUUCGAAGCGUGUGAAGAGUUUUCAAAAACUAGAAGUUAUCACAGAAUGAUACGGCAUGGCACUGAAUGGUCAAGGACCACAGUAACGCAGGAAUAUAACUUCCGAAAUUGUUGAUAAAACUUCGUAACUGAACUUGAAUAAUCAUUUAAAUGUGUUGUUGUUGUGGUCUUCAGUCCAGAGACUGGUUUCAUGCAGCUCUCCAUGCUACUCUAUUCUGUGCAAGCUUCUUCAUCUCCCGGUAUCUACUGCAACCUACAUCCUUCUGAAUCUGUUUAGUGUAUUCAUCUCUUGGUCUUCCUCUACGAUUUUUACCCUCCACGCUGUUCACCAAUACGAAAUUAAUGAUCCCUCGUUGCCUCAGAACGUGUCCUACCAACCGAUCCCUUCUUCUAGUCAAGUUGUGCCACAAAUUUCUCUUCUCUCCAAUUCUAUUCAGUACCU